AUGGGCGCCGCGGCCGCCGAGGCGCCGCUCCGGCUGCCCGCCGCGCCCCCGCUCGCCUUCUGCUGCUGCUACACGUCGGUGCUGCUGCUCUUCGCCUUCUCGCUGCCCGGCAGCCGCGCGUCCAACCAGCCCGCCGGGGGCGGCGGCAGCGGCGGCGGCGGCGGGGAGUGUCCCGGCGGCAAAGGCAAGAGCAUCAACUGCUCAGAACUGAAUGUGAGGGAGGCUGAUGGAAGAGUUUGUGAUGAAUCAUCAUGUAAAUAUGGAGGCGUCUGUAAAGAAGAUGGAGAUGGUUUGAAGUGUGCGUGUCAAUUUCAGUGCCAUACAAAUUACAUUCCCGUCUGUGCAUCAAACGGGGACACGUAUCAAAAUGAAUGCUUUCUCAGAAGAGCUGCUUGUAAGCACCAGAAAGAGAUUACAGUAGUAGCAAGAGGACCAUGCUACUCUGAUAAUGGCUCUGGAUCUGGAGAAGGAGAAGAGGAAGGGUCUGGGGCCGAAGCUCACAGGAAACACUCCAAGUGUGGACCUUGCAAAUAUAAGGCUGAGUGUGAUGAAGAUGCAGAAAACGUUGGGUGUGUAUGUAAUAUAGACUGCAGUGGAUACAGUUUUAACCCCGUGUGUGCUUCUGAUGGGAGUUCCUAUAACAAUCCUUGUUUUGUUCGAGAAGCAUCUUGUAUAAAGCAAGAGCAAAUUGACAUAAGGCAUCUUGGUCACUGCACAGACACAGAUGACACUAGUUUGUUGGGAAAGAAAGACGAUGGACUACCAUAUCGACCAGAUGUGAAAGAUGCUAGUGAUCAAAGAGAGGAUGUUUAUAUUGGAAACCACAUGCCUUGCCCUGAAAACCUCAAUGGUUACUGCAUCCAUGGAAAGUGUGAAUUCAUCUAUGCUACUCAGAAGGCUUCUUGUAGAUGCGAAUCUGGUUACACUGGACAGCACUGUGAAAAGACGGACUUUAGUAUUCUCUACGUAGUGCCAAGCAGGCAAAAGCUCACUCACGUCCUCAUCGCAGCCAUUAUCGGAGCUGUGCAGAUCGCCAUUAUAGUAGCUAUUGUCAUGUGCAUAACAAGAAAAUGCCCUAAAAACAAUAGAGGACGACGACAGAAGCAAAACCUAGGUCAUUUUACUUCAGAUACGUCAUCCAGGAUGGUUUAA